ACGGCGGAGCUAUACGACGAGGACUGCACCUUCACGGACCCGACGCUCUCCUUCGCGGGUCUGAGCACCUUUGAGCGCAACCUCGCGAACCUCGACCCGUGGAUCGAGCGAUUUGUCCCGCCCACCGCUCGCUCGGUCGAGCUCAAGUCGCUGCGCCUUGUAGACGACGGUGCGGCGGUCGAGGCGGAGUGGCGGAUGCUGGGCGACCUCGCGCUGCCGUGGCGGCCGAGGCUCGACCUCGGCGGGCGCACGCGAUACACCCUCGGCGGCGAGGGUGGACGCAUCUCUUCCUAC